UUUUUUUUCAAUUGAUGGGGUUUUGAUUGAAGCUAUGAUCUCUGCGAACCCAAAAGAGCGAUCGAUCUUCGAUGCAGUGAUUAUUGGAUUGGUUUGGAUUUGAAUUUAAUUGGUGACCGUUUGAUUUAGUGGGGGAGAGCACAAUGAACGGUGGUGAUGCGGUCGUCGCAACUCCGGUGGACCCACCUCAGCCUCUGGAGUGGAAAUUCUCUCAGGUUUUUGGAGAACGCACCGCUGGUGAAGAAGUUCAGGAAGUUGAUAUCAUUUCAGCAAUCGAAUUUGACAAAACGGGUGACCAUCUUGCUACUGGUGACCGUGGGGGCCGGGUGGUACUCUUUGAGAGGACAGAUGCAAAAGAUCAUGGUGGCUCUAGAAGGGAUUUGGAGAGGUUGGAUUAUCCAAUUGGUAGGCAUCCUGAGUUCCGUUAUAAAACAGAGUUUCAGAGCCAUGAACCUGAGUUUGGCUAUCUCAAGAGCUUGGAAAUUGAGGAGAAAAUCAACAAAAUUAGAUGGUGUCAAACAGCCAACGGGUCUUUAUUUCUUCUUUCCGCAAAUGACAAAACAAUUAAAUUUUGGAAGUAAGAAAGGAAUGUCAUCUUACGGCGUUUUUUAUUUUUCAAGGUCUCCUAUCUUUUAAUUUGUUUUGCACAAAUCACUGCACUUCAAUUGAAGUGAAUAUAAGUAUUUUUCUUUCAUUGAAGUGAAUUUAAUGGAGAUUGAAGGAUUGCCAGCUGGCAGAAUUUAUAAUUUAUUGUUAAAAAUUUAUUUGUAA